AUGCAUGACUCACAAGAAGAUUAUCGAGUACUCAAGUAUUUACAAUCCCAAAGUCAAAUGUUCUCUUAUUUAUUUAUUUGGGUCAAUGGUAUAGAAAUAUUCUUGAAAUGUGUGGGUAGGAUGAAGAAGAGUCAAGAACAGUGCUCAUCAAUCACCACCAAGAAAGGAAAGAAAACUCAUUUUGGGCCUGCGGAUGGAUUGAAAAAGCAACAGCAAGCAAGACACGAAUGGGAAAAAUAUAAAUGA